GUUAGUACUGCUCAUUGUCUCCCUUCUCUAUCUGCCUCUCUUUAAAAAAAUCAGUCCCAAAAACUGCGAGGAAGCUCUGAAGCCUGAAAGUCAGAAAUUCUCCAUCUUCGUCUUCAUUUUUCGUUGUUGAGCUUACCUGGAGCUAUAAAGCGUUAUGAUUGUAUGCUACUAGUGCGGUUGUCUGGUGAAUCAUUUCCCGUUGAACAAUGUCUCUUACUGGUUCAUUGCAACUGUCUCAUGAAUUGGGACUUUGCAGGAACCAGAGGUGCAAACAACAAUUAAAGAAUGUUAUGGUAAGAGGCAAGUUGCACUUAUUGAGUGCCACCCUUUCAUCGCGUGUUUCGUUUUACCACCAGGAUUCUUGGAGUCUAUAUCUGUCUGGCUAUUUGAACAGACCAGUAAAUCUUAGACCACACAGAAGCAACUAUGCCUUGAGACGAUCUUCUUUUACGUUAGCUGCCAAAGCAUUUGAACUUCCUGCUGUGAAAGCUGCUUCCGUGGCACUGACAAGGUCAUGUAAUGUUUUACAAGGUUCCCCUCUCAUUCUUAAGUUGGUUCCAGCUGUUGGAAUUCUUAUUUUUGCAGUAUGGGGUCUAGCACCAGUUGUGCGUCAGACCAGGACUCUGCUACUCAAUAAGAAUGACAACAAUUGGAAAAAGAGUAGCACAUACUAUGUUAUGACAUCUUAUAUUCAACCUAUCCUGCUCUGGACUGGAGCAUUACUUAUUUGCAGAGCACUGGAUCCUGUUGUCCUUCCUACAGAAGCUAGCCAGAUUGUGAAACAACGUCUUUUGAAUUUUGUAAGAUCAUUAUCAACUGUGCUGGCGUUUGCUUAUUGUUUAUCAAGUGUCAUUCAGCAAGCACAGAAAUUCUUCACGGAGACAAGUGAUCCAAGUGAGGCAAGAAAUAUGGGCUUCCAAUUUGCAGGUAGAGCUGUCUACUCGGCAGUAUGGGUUGCUGCUGUUUCACUAUUCAUGGAGUUAUUAGGUUUCUCCACCCAGAAGUGGCUAACUGCUGGAGGUCUUGGAACUGUAUUGCUUACUCUUGCUGGCCGUGAGAUAUUCACAAACUUCCUUUCAAGUAUAAUGAUCCAUGCAACUCGGCCUUUCGUUUUGAAUGAAUGGAUUCAAACUAAGAUUGAAGGCUAUGAGGUUUCUGGUACUGUGGAGCACGUCGGUUGGUGGUCACCAACAAUCAUACGAGGUGAAGAUCGUGAAGCAGUUCACAUUCCAAACCACAAGUUCACUGUAAAUGUUGUUAGAAAUCUCAGUCAAAAAACCCAUUGGCGCAUUAAAACCCACCUGGCCAUUAGUCACUUGGAUGUUAAUAAAAUCAAUAAUAUUGUUGCUGACAUGCGGAAGGUAUUGGCCAAGAAUCCACAAGUUGAGCAACAGAAGUUGCAUAGGAGAGUAUUCUUGGAGAACAUAAAUCCUGAAAAUCAGGCUCUUCUGAUAUUGAUCUCCUGUUUUGUGAAGACCUCACAUUUUGAGGAAUAUCUAUGUGUCAAGGAAGCUAUAUUGCUGGAUCUUCUUAGAGUGAUCAGCCACCACCGUGCCCGCCUUGCUACACCUAUCCGUACAGUGCAAAAGAUAUACAGUGAUGCCGACUUGGAAAAUAUCCCGUUUGCUGAUUCUAUCUAUAACUCUGGAGGAGUGGCAUCUAAACGUCCUUUGUUAUUGAUAGAACCCCCUUACAGAAUAAACGGAGAAGAAAAAGUAAAAGCUCAAAAUCGGUCAUCACGAACUGGAGAGCAAGAUAGCAAGACCACAGGGAGGCCUACACCUGACGCAAAGGCAUCAAAGUCUGAUUCCAAGUCCAAAGAAACAUCAGCAGAUGACCCCAAGCAGAUCCAAGGCCUCAAGGCUAGUAUUAUAUGUAACUGA